AUGGCCGCCACCCGUGUCUUCGCUAGCCGCCUGGCUACCACCAUGGCCCAGACCUCCAAGGUCGCUCGCCCUGCCGCCCGCUUCCAGCUGAACGCUGCCACCAAGCGCACCUUCACCUCCCAGAAGGCCUCUCCCUUCGCUGCCGCCCCCAAGCGCGCCUCGCCCACCCUCCUCCAGGCCAACGCCCGCAACGCCUUCCAGUCCGCUGCCCGCCGCCAGUACUCCUCCGAGGUCGCCACCGCCAUGGUUGAGGUCUCCAAGAACCUUGGUAUGGGUUCCGCCGCCAUCGGUCUCGGUGGUGCCGGUAUCGGUAUCGGUCUCGUUUUCGCCGCUCUGCUCAUGAGUGUCUCCCGCAACCCUGCCCUCCGUGGCCAGCUCUUCUCCUACGCCAUUCUGGGUUUCGCCUUCGUCGAGGCCAUGGGUCUGUUCGACCUGAUGGUUGCCAUGAUGUGCAAGUACGUCUAA